AAGGGACGAUGUCAAAACAACAGUGUUAAUCAUUACAUUUCAGAACUCUGCUUCAGACUCACAGAGGAAAAUCUGACUGAAUGAGGGUUUAAAGGCAACACUGACUGAAUAAGAAGCAGUUGUGAUAAAUCUUCUAUUGGAAAUGUGACUGUAUAUAAUUGUGUUGCAGGUGUUCCUGUGUGAUGUCACCGUGUCACCGUGACUCAACCUUCCCUGCUGGACAGACAGAUCACAGAUGCUGAUAGGAUUGUUACUUCUCUUUUGUUUACCCACUGCCAACACUUGUCUGCAGUGUAACCGCAGGGUCAGGCAUCUCCAUGAUAACAUGAUACAGUCUUCCUCAUUGGCCGACGAGCUGGAAUUACAAAAGAUUUUUAGCCACGGUGUCGAAAUGUUCAGAGAAAUCAGUGAGAAGCGAAAAGGAGUCAUAGAUACCACUACUCUGUACAGAGUUCGAGACGAGUACAUAAAUGAAUUUGAUCGUAUUAUGGACAGUCCUUUCGUUGUCAUUUUGACACAAAAAGCCAUCAGCAUUGUCUCUAAGGGCCAGGAGAUCUUAGAGCAACACUUGGACAGUUGGAUCCACAACGGUUUGUGCCCAAACACAUGUGGCGUCCUGAGAAGAAGGGUAAUCGACUGCUCCUCCUGUAACUACAAAAUCUACACCUGCCCCUCCCCCACCGGCCAGCUGGACUGUGGUGAGGUCUCAGUGCGAGCCGAGGAAGAAGAACAGGCAUUGUUGGACUGUUUCCGUCCGUGGCAUCCUCUCCUCUUUGGAAAACUGUUGUAUCACUACUCCUGGUCCCCGGGAAAACCAAGAACCAAGAUGUCUGAGGGUGACUUCAGACCUUUGGUGGUGAAGGAAGAGGCAUCUGUGGUUUUAAAUCAGGUGCAGGUGGAAGAGCAGGGAACGUACCGUUGUUCUCUCAAGAGUCAAACUGGAACAAGUUUCUUCCAGCUCACAUUUUUGGUCACAGUCGUCCCUUUACAUGACCACAUUGACCGAACCCUCGUCACUCUGCCUCCGAACCCUUUUGAAGAUGACUCAUACUACACUGAGCGCCUGUUGGUUACAGCCAUUGUCACGCUGACUGUUCUGAGUGUGGCAGCGAGCGUCGGACUUAUAGUGAUCAUGAGGAUGAUGAUAAUGAAUCAGCAGAGGAACCACAGAGGAGGGGGAGGACUGAGGGGAGAAACCACAGAAAACUCAGCAGGAUAAAGAAACUGUAGGCAGCAAAUACUCCCUAUAAUCACAGGGUGCGUAUUUGACCUGUACUUUAAAUACAUCUGCCAGUGAACCCCACAGUGUCAUGGCCAGAAAUUAAAUGGAUGUGACAACAGGAGUUGGCCACAUGUGAAGGAGACUCUGUGGGAAAGAUGGUGUUUAUGGGCUGCUGGCACUAAACUAAAAGGCUAAAACUUUAAUGCUAUCUCUUGGCGUAGCACUGAAUGCUAACCCCUAUAUACACUAUUCCAGUGGUUCUCCAACUGUUUCUACUCUGUACCACCUGAGAAAACCUUGAUCUCUCUGAGUACCACCAUGAUGACCAACAUUAGAAUAUAGCAGCAUAGACCUUCACUGUUCGCUUCCACCACAGGAGAGAUGUUUAGAAAUGUUUCGAAAUAUGUUUAUGUUUAAAUGUUGUAUUAAUUGUGCAUGGUAUGUUUCAGAUUUAUUCAACUGAAAAUGUAGAUGAUGGAGAAAGGGCUGUGGCACGCAUUAGGGAUGUAGCUCAAUAGGUAGUGUUGGGUACCACAAGGCGGUUGUGGUACCCACACCUGCCCUGCUGCCACUGCCUUGCUCUCAGUAUUAGGUAUGUGGUUAAACUCAAAGUAUAAAAUCCUUAGUAGUAGAGUAGUCAACGACUAGAGAAGAGCUGCAUACUGUAACCAAUACUAACCAUUUAUAUCAUAUCCAUAAUCCAUGAAUCAAACAAUUGACCUUAUAAACCAGUAAACAAUUGUUACCAACCCCCCCGC